ACAAGCGAAAAUACGUACUAAAAUCUAGUAAUCGAGUAAUUUAGUAGAUCCUUAUAUAUGUUCUGUGUUUUUAUAUGUGGCGAUGACGGAUUAGGAAAAAUUGGUGAAAAUGUCCGGAAAAACAUUUCCAGUGGAUAAAUUAGUGCGUGUAGGUUAUUAUGAACUUGAAAAAACAAUUGGAAAAGGCAAUUUCGCCGUAGUCAAGUUGGCCACUCACAUUGUCACACGAACUAAGGUUGCCAUCAAAAUAAUCGAUAAGACUGUCCUAGACGAAGAAAACUUGACAAAGAUAUUUCGAGAGACUGCUAUAUUGAAGAAAUUAAAACAUCCCCACAUCACAAGGCUAUAUCAGCUUAUGGAGACUAAUCAAACUAUAUACUUGGUUACUGAAUACGCAAGUAAAGGAGAAAUAUUUGAUCAUUUGGUUGCCAAAGGUAGAAUGACAGAGCCAGAAGCCAAAAGGAUAUUCAAUCAGAUCGUGUCUGCCGUAAGCUAUUGCCAUUCUCAGGGGGUAGUUCAUAGAGACUUAAAGGCUGAAAAUUUACUUUUAGAUCAUAAUCUUGAUAUCAAAUUGGCUGAUUUUGGAUUUAGCAAUCAAUUUACUGAAGGUUGUUUAUUGUCAACAUUUUGUGGUUCUCCUCCAUAUGCAGCACCAGAAUUAUUUCAAGGCCUCAAAUAUGAUGGGCCUAAGGCAGAUAUUUGGAGUUUAGGUGUAGUUCUUUAUGUUUUGGUUUGUGGUUCCCUUCCAUUUGAUGGUCCAACGUUGCAUGCCUUGAGAAAUGUUGUGAUAGAAGGAAAAUUCCGAAUACCUUAUUUUAUGUCACAAGAGUGUGAGCAUUUAAUCAGACACAUGUUGGUGGUAGAUCCGGAGAAAAGACUGAGAAUUCCACAGAUACUAAAACACCGAUGGUUAAAUGAUGUUCCUCCUGUUGAAAAUGUUAUAUUGGAAAAAGAUUUGCAGUUAAACAAAACUGUUAUAGAUCAUAUGUUACAGUUACCUAACUUGAAUCAAAAUAUGAUUGUACAGAGCUUAAAAACUAAUUCAUUUGAUCACAUAUAUGCCAUUUAUAAUCUGUUGUUAGAUAAAUUACAUCAAAGGACUAUUAAUUUCCAGUCUAAAGUUCUUGAACAGAGAAGGGAACAGAAAAUCGAAGAACAAACUGAAUCUGAAGAAAAACUAGCGAAAAUAAACGAAAGAAGUGAAUCAUUCAACGAAAACCGCCUCGCUACUCAAUUGACAACUGCUAAUUCUGAUGGUCACAAUAUAAAACAAGACACGCUAGAGCUAUUUAACUAUAGAAGGGAGAGUUUCAAUGAAAACUGCUUAAGAGAAAUGAACGAUGAUUCGAACGAUAGGUUAAAAUGUUUGAACGAAGGCGCUCCAGAUGAAGUGGGAUCCCCUUUUGUUUCAAUGCCGACAAUACCCGCUGUAUAUUUAGCUGGAGACCAGGAAAAUCAACUUCUAGAAAAGUAUGGAGAAGUAGAUAUGGAUACAAACGACGAUACUUAUUCCAUGGCUGUCUCAUCUACAACAUCUACAUCUACUGGUUAUAGUAGUUGUAAUUCUUCAGGUGAUAAAUAUUUGACUGUGAGGCGGCAUACUGUUGGGCCAGGAGAUCCUGCACACGAACAGGUACUGGAAACCCAUUACAUGGCUCAUCCUCAACACAAUACAAAUGGUGCUAAAUUGCUUCCUAACACAAAUCUUCCUCUAAAUUUGACCACCCUUGCACAACAAAACCCACACUAUUUUGGAGGAAAGGAUCCACAUUUGUUAAAACCACCUGUAGUGUUGAGUGCUGCAGGAGGAUUUGGAAGAAGAGCUUCGGAUGGUGGAGCUAAUUUGCACAUGGCUUGGGGCACUCCAGGUUCCCACGAUCAGUUAUCCAUGAUGUCUACAAGUUCCAGUGGAAAUCCUAGUUUAAGUAGUAGCGGCACAGGAACACAACUAAUAGAACACAAUCAACAUGUUUUGGAUGAAUUAGCAGUUGCGAGGUACAUGCAAAGUAGAGGAAAUACUCAAAGACAUACAAUGCCAAAUCCAGAAGAUAUCCAUACUAUGCAUUCAGCUCCUUCAACUGGAGCACGAGUGAGACGAACAGGUCUUCUCACUGUAACAGAGCGUCCAGUAAUUCCUCCUGAAGUCGUGAUGGAAGUAGAAGCACGCAUGAAUCGCAAUUAUAUGCCUACUAUAUUACCUACACGUAAACAAUCCAGGCACAAACCCCCCCUGCCCACGGUCCAAGAACUACAAGGAAGAGAACAGAAAUCAAUGGAAAGGUUUUCUCCAGUAAGAAGAGGUAGUGAAGGAUCUGCAGGAGGUAGUCGUACUCUAACAUCCUCGUCACAGGAACAACGCCUUCAAAGGGGACUUUCAACAAGAAACAGUCCCCCUAGAUCUAUUCCAGGCUCUCCAAUUCACCAGAAGUUUAUGUCUGAACAACCAUUGCGUCAUCAUAUGUCCGAGUGUACAUCGCCUAUUCAUCAAUUUUAUCAAACACUCCCAGAGUCAGUUACUCUACAGGAUCUCCAAAAUUUUUCAACAAAUAUCGAUCCAACUUUAGGUUUACCCCCUGAGAACUAUCAACAACACAACUAUGGUCCCUACGAAGCUACAAAUCGAAGUCCUACUUAUUCUUAUGACUCGAUUAAUAGAAGUCCGUUACAUUCAUCGCCUUAUACCACUACCAAUUUAACAUCAUCGCCCAUCGGUCCUACAGUAUACAGUCAAGUUCCGAAUUUAGGUUUGUAUUCCGGCAGUAAUUCACCCAUUUUAAAUCCACUAUUGAGUCCCAAUACUUCACCAGUAUUUGGAGGAUAUGGUCAAAGUACACAAGGGAGUAGCAUAUCAUCUAUCACACAAGGAAUAAGCGGAUUAAAUACAGCUAGCACAGGUUCAAUAACCCAAGGAAUUCCUUCUGGUAAUCUUCAACUGGAAAUGCGUAAUCAGCAGCUCCUUGAUGACUCAAAAAUGGAUACAUCGUUUUCCACGAACUUGUCUUAUAUGGGCGGGCAGGCACCUCAAAACUACUUACAUAUUCUUAAUAUUCAUGGUCAUAGAAGUCUCACCAAUUCACCUAUCAGUAAUCCAGGUAGUCCUGGAUUGGAUAUGAUUCAAGAAGAAAUACCAGUUCAAAGCUGCAGUAAGACCGAACAAGGACAUCCACAAAUAUCUGUAACAGAUGUUUUAGGCAAUGAAGUAACCCUUGUUGCCGGUUCGGAUACUUCAGAAGACUCCAUGGAUAGUCUAGAUAACCAAAGACUUCAAAAAAUACCCCAGUUCAUUAUAUCCGAACCAGCUGAUAAUUCUCCUUCUAUAACUAGAGGAAUCGGACGUAAAACCAGUCAAGAAAACGAUACAAAACGUCACGAAAUUGAAACUCAAAAUAAUAGCGAAGAGUUUCUUCCUAGACGAAACUCUGAUAAAAGUUCCUGUUAUUCUGACGACUCUCUCUCGAACGACAGUUUGAGUAUUGGAAACCAGAGUCCCAGUUCAAGUUCGAACACUCAAUCGAGCCAUGCUUUUGACAGUGACAUAAGACACAGGCCGAUUGACACGUAUGCUACAAUAGAUCAAGAAUUACGAAAUGCUGAAGGCACGGAAAACUUUCAAAUCUUUCGGAACCUAAAAAUGAGCAAUAUGGCUUGGAAUACAACUCAGUCACUGGAAAGUAAUCGUGAAGCUUCCAGUCCCCUUUGUCAGGUUCCAGUGGAAACAAACCUGCACAAAAAUUCAGGUUCCUACGAAUUCGAACUAUCAGAAGUAUGUUCUAAAUUACAAUCAACUGACAUAUUGGAAAUGGUCAAAAAAACUAUCAAUGACCAAAUUCCACCCAAAACGUGUCUUAGUUCAGAAGAGCUCAGCGAUAGGUUAAGCCUUGAAUACGAAGGAGGCCUUCAGAUCGAGCUUAAAAUAGUUGACAAGCCUCGAGGUGACUCUAAAGGGCUGAAAAUGAGAAGGAUAUCUGGUGAUCACCUGGUUUAUAACCAGGUGUGUCAACAGCUAAUCUCUUGUAUGACUGUUUCCUAGCAUUUAAAGUAAUUUUUUUAAAUGUUGUUAUUGUUUUCGUUUUGUCAUGACGCGAAUCUAGAAGACGCUCCCAUAUUGGGUAAAUAGCAUUAUUGUAUAUUAAGGGGGAUUACAAAAAGUAUAUUUGAAUAUUUCAGGUUUUUAGUAAUGUGGAUAGAUCUACAAGAACGACUUGUAAUAGUACCUUUUUAUCAUUGUGUUGAAGAUCUUUUAUUUUUUUAGAACUAUGUUCUGAAACAGCAUUAUGUACAUUUUUAUAGCUACGCAUAUAAUGAACUUCUACUUUCAACUGUUUGACGCCUACAUCAACAAACCCAUUAUUUAAAAUUUGUAUUAAAUUUGGCGUAUGUGUUCACUUGUUAAAUGUAACAAGAUACCUUUUACCUUAAGACUUUGGUCUUCUAUUUUUCUUUUAUUGUCUACUCCCCUUUUCUAGAUUUUUGACAUUUCCCUGUUAUCACUUUUCUAACUAUUUUUCACUAAAAUGGUGCCCUGUGUGGCAUGUCUUAUUUCAUUUCUGCAAGUUAGAAAUAGGUACCUUCCUGAUGGUUUCCAAAGUAAAAAAUCUCUAUUCAAGAACCCUUGCAUUAUAUCUACGAAAAACAGCUGUACCAAUUUCUAAAGAUAUUUGUAACUAUUAAGAUCAUCUAUUGUAAGAUAAUUACAACACUCUGCAUACAAUUAUCUUCUUUCAUGUACUUACUUUUUCAUGGGGCAACAGAAGUAUUUCAUAAAAGAUUAAUUUUUUUGAACAGUACAUUUACAGAAUGUAUAUCUUGUCUGCCAUUUAUUAGUUUCUAACGUUUUAUUCUUGUUAACACAUGAUUCUGAUUUGGUAGUUGGAGUUUGAAACAAAAACCUAUUAUCAAAUACAAAGUUUAACAGUGAAUGUUAAAAUUUGCUGUGGAUUUUGUAAUUUUUAAAAGAUAAUAUUUUGUGAUUGUUUUUUUAAUGAUCUCUUAGUAAUAGCAUGUCAUGCUUAAAGUGGAACAAAACUUUUUUAACUCAUCUUUGUAAUAUCGCUUCAUAGAAAAGAUAUGUAAUCAUGUAAUACUGCUAUUCUAUUCUAACAAUAGAUUAUAAUCAGGAUGGUCCAAUAGCAAAUUUGUGCUUUCUGAUGUGAUAGGAUUAUUCUUGAAUUUAAAUCGCGUUUGUGCCUAUCGAUACAACAUUUCAAAAGAUUGGAUUUUUUCACCAAGAACCACCUCGCAAGAAAUUUAAUAAUUUUUCUGUAAUUUUACAGGAACAAUAUUUCCUGCAACUUGCAGAAAUGAAAAUCCACAUUUCCAUCUCACAUCUAUUAAAUUUAACUCCAUACAAACCAGUACUUUACACGUCGCCCUAAAAAAUUCUCAUUGUGGUAGAUAUUCGGUAACAUAUCGUUCCACCAAUGUGCUAACAAUUAAUCCAGAAGUUGAAAAAGUAACAAAAGCACUUCGUUGGAUCUGCUGACUACAUAAAAAACAGUUGAAAAAUCAUAUGAACCACAUGGAAGACUCUAAAUAGAGCAUUAGGACUAUUCACAGUAGAUAUGAUAAUAAUCCUACGUUUUAAAUUGGCAAUAUGGCCAACCGCAUAUUAAUUUACAAUUUUUAGCUCCUUAAACAAAUUAGGAAUUUGAUACAGUUAUCUAAUGGAGAUAGACAAAUAUGUAAAAUUAUAUAACUACCUUCAAACAGAUUUUAAUAGUAUAUUGUCAAUAACUUUAAUUUUAAUAUAAAUAUUAAUUUUAGUAUAACUUGUAAAGUAUUAAGAAUGGAGAGAUUUUUGGUUAAUGCUGUUAGUAAUUUUCCAUCUGUCGAUGAUGCUAAAAAAGUAGUUCCACUAUAUCAUUAAUUUUUAAUUGAUUAUCAGUAAUUUAUUUUGCCAUAUUUGUCGACAUUCCAUAGAUUUUAUAAUUUAAUUUCAUGUGGUUACCAGGUCUUCAGAUUCCUACAAUUGAUUGAGUAUCAAAUACUCGUUAUUAAACCCUGUGCUAGUAACAAAUUUAUUUUUCGAAUGUUCUUAUUUGGUUCUGGAUGAAUACAUAUUUCAGUAACUCGAGUAGAAAAUUUAAAAGACCAAUUCUUGACCACAUUUUUUAGAUCACAUAACUUCACUCCUAAUUUUCUGAUAUAAAAUUGAUAGUAUAUGUCGAUUUUAGUUGAUCUUUUCAGUCUGGACGAAACCUAAUGGUCCAGAAUUGGUCUGAAAUAUCGAUCUGGACUUCAAAGUUUCCUUUAAUUCGAACUAAGCAUGGAAAUAUUUCCUGCUCAGUUUACAUAUAGGGGUUCUUGUAUAUCAUGUUAAAAAAUUAAACACGAGAUACCAUAAGGGCUUCUCUAAAAAAACUUUGAUUUUUUAAUGGUUUAAAAAUUGCCUUUUAGAGUGAAUUUAACACUAGUGAUUGUAUUGUAUAUAAGAUUUUCAAUAAUGUAAAUAGUUCACAAUAUUCAUUAAUUAUUGUAAAUAUUAUUAAUUAAUACUAAUUUUAACAACAGAAAUAUCAUUUUUGUAUGGAUUUAUUUCAUCAAGUACACUGCAAUAUGUUUCAUUAAAUUGAAAAUAGCAAAUAUGAAUUCACUAUUUUGGAACAGUUUUAUGAAGUAGAUUAUUGAAGUAUUGCUUUAGUCAUUACUGAAGUACUGUUAAUAUAGUGUAAGAGCUAGCAACGUUUUUAUAUUUAAAAAAAAAAUUUUCAAAAUAUUUUAGUGUGGCUGAAAUUUUUAUAUGAUGUUGGGUGAUUGGGCAUGUAGGUAUAGACAAUUACAGGCCCUUUCACACCAAACGAAUCAGAAUCAAGUUAAAUCUAAUUGACCAAUAUUCGGCUUCGAGCGCUCCGUUUAAAUGUGAAGGGACUCUUUCCGCCGUCAGACCGGACGAAUCUGGUUCAAUCAGGUCAAUCACAGCAACAAAAAUUUUUAUAGAUUCAGGUUGAUUCAGCUGGUGUGAAAGAGUGGAGUUGACGAAUCAUAUUAACUUGAUUCGGAGUGAUCCAGAAGAUUGAUUCGGAUUCGUUUGGUGUGAAAGGGGCCUACGUGUUAGUUGCGCUGCGCAGCCAGACGGAUCUAAAUGGAAAAGUGAUUGGACAUGUAAGUACAGACAAUUACGUUUAGUUGCGCAAGCGAGAUAGACGACAGCAGCUGUUUGUAGUGAAGAUGGCGUUAGUUUAGUCACAUUGAUUCAUUCAUUGCCGUUUUUAAUGUUUUUGACAAAAUUGUUAUACAAUGGCUAGUGAAAAAUUGAAAUGUGUUUUUUGGAAAGACAGAAAUGGAAAAAUAAUAAUUUUUUUAGAAGAUAAAUUAAAAAAGUUCUACAAAUACCUGUAAAUUUAAAACUGAAAUAUGACAGUGUACAGUUACAAAACCAUUGUCUUAAUUUUGUCCAAUAAUGAAAAACUAUUUUGAUAUAUUAACCCAUAAAUUAAUUCAGUAGUUUUCAAUUCUUCCUCUGUAAUUUCUUUGAUAACUAUUUCUAGAACAUGCAAAAUGAUACUUCAUUUUUAGAUCGGUCUGGCUGAAGGUUUGGCAACUUAAUUUUAGGUUUUUAGAUACUUGUAUACAUCAUAUAAAAAUUUCAGCUCUACUAAAAUAUUUUGAAAAAAAAACAUUUUUUUCGAUUCAAAAUUAGCGUUUGGCUCACUUUAAACAACAAUCAAAAUAUCUGGCAAUAAUAGAUUCAUGUUUCAAAAAGUUCAAUAAAAUUAAUGAAAACAAAAGGAAACUUCUUAAAAUGAUUUGAAAAAUUGAUAUUUUACAUAUACAGAUUGGAUGCGUACUGAUGAACGCCACCAGUACCACCAAACAGAAAGCUCGAAUGACGUCCAAGGGAGUGAGAGAGACAGCAUAUCUAAAAGUUGGCCUGACCUGAAAUUGUUGUUUUCCUACUUUGCUAGCUCUCGUACCAAUAUGGGUUGACGAUAAUUUUUAUGGAUACAUGAAGAAAGCUACGGUUUGUUUAACAAUUCAGCAAGGUUACGAUCAAAGUUUCAUUGAUUUCGGCGCAAACAUGUAUUGUUCUCACUUGCUGCAGGCAGAAAAGUAUUUUAAAAAAAUUCUUACUUUUCAAGUUGUAUGACGAGCUGCAUUGUGUCAUUUGCACUUUUGAGAGAAGAAAAGGAUGUGUGGUAAGUAAAAAAAACGAGAUUUAACUGAUUUGUUUUUAAAGAACAGCACAGAAGGAAAACUCCAGGAAUAUUUCAAAGUUACUACAAAAGUAUUUGACAUAGUUUUAAACUAUAUUUUAGAAGAUACUACAAUAUCAUUUUCAAGCAGAUGCUUCGCUCAAUCGUAAUUUUAUGUUCAAAUCGCUUGAAUACAUAUGUAAAUGAAAUACCGGUUGAAAUCCGGCCAUCAACAAUGCUUAAGAUUUUCACCCUUACAGAAUGCCGCCUUUUCUCUGGCUAUCUGCCUUAAUAAAUCGUAGCUUUUCAUGAUGAUUAAUUUACGUAAAUGAAAUGGUCAAUAGUUCAUGAAACUGUUUAAAAUCAAUCUUUAUUUGUUUCUUCAUAUAUUCUAAAUAUUGUUUUUCAACAAACGUUCUUGAUAUGAAAAAACAAGUAGCAGAUAGAAUUGAACUAAAAAAAGUAUAUAUGCACAUUCUCGUUUCUUUUGUCCCAGUGCCUUUUGUAUCAGAAUUUUGAAUAUGUAUGUAAAAAAAUUAUGUAAUAAAUCAAAAUUGCAAACUAAAUAGAUUCGCAUUUCGCUUUGCUAACUGAAUUGCACUUGGUCAGUAGUAAAAAUUAACUUUAAUGUUCAAAGACCCAUUUGUAAAUACCUAUUUCACCACUGAAUGUUGGUAUCUAAUUAACAGUGCUCUACAUAGAGGUGAUGAAAGGAUACCCUUACAAAGUCAAAGGGAUCGUUUUGUUUGAAAUUUAUCCGCUUUCUCAUCAAGUCCUCUAAUGAAGUGUGAUUCUAUACUAGUCGGAGCUAAUAGUUUAUUUCUAGUUUAUAUGUAUCUUUAGCCAGUAAGUAGAUUUUUUAUUUACUGCCGAUAUUAAUUAUCUACAUAAUUCAACAUGUCGCACCUCCGCUCAAAUAGUGUCAUAAUUCACAAAAUUAGAAAAUCUCUUUUGUACUAUUGAUGUCAGAAAACUUCAAAAAUCUUAUCCCAAAUUAUGUCACGCAAAUAGUUGCUGUUGCAGUAACUUUGUCAGUUAUAUUCAAUUUCAAACGCUUAGUACUCGAUAGUUUGUUUUUUUGACUUAUAACACUAUUAGAGAGGAGGUGCGAUGUGCCUUUUUUUAAACGUUUUAAAUAUUAACCAUCUUAUUAUAUGUAAAAUACUGAUCCAUAUGUUUCAUGGCAGUACUUCUAUAAAAACUUAUAUCGAGAUCAAAAUAUCCCAUAUUAAACAUAUCGCACCCCUAUUUUUAUAGUGCCAUAAGCAAACAAAAAAAGAUUGUAAAUGAAAUGUUUUCUAGAUCAGUUAAUUCGGUACUUAGGCGUACCAAAUUAGGUGCACACACAGUUUGAAGAUAUCUUCACUCAUUAGUCAUAUAAAAUCUACAGAUAGUAAUAAAAAAAAUUUUUUAAUGAUAUGUCACUACUGUUUAUGUUCAUUUCAUUUAAACUUGAGUUAGGACAUAGGGCAAAUAAAUCGAAAUAUGACUUUAUUUGUAUUUCAGUUAAAUGUAAGAAAAUAACAGGUAAAUAUCAAUCCCAAAAAUGUUUGAACUAAAAUUGCCUACAAAAGAUGUGUUAAACUUAAGUAGAUCUCCAUUUAAUCUCAGAUAGAGGAACUUCAAAAUAUUCUUUAUGUUAUAAAAAAUCAGUGUGGGUUAUGGCACUACAGCUUUGAUUUUUGUUAUAUUUGUUAAAUGAGAUGACAUACUGGCUUACGGCCCUACUGAUGGUGCAUACAGUCACGAGUAAAUCAUAAUAGUGCCACUUGGCACCUCACGCGGAAUCAGUUAAUACCAAUGAUAUGGUAAUAUGGUACUAUUAAAUCCAUCAUCUUAAAGUAUACAUUGAACGGAAAAUGUCAAUUUUUGGGAUAUGGCAAUAUUGAAAUAGGAGUGCGAUAUCUUUAAUUUUUGCUUCAUUAUUCAUACAUUAAUUAUAUAUGAGAUGAUUCUCUUCAUUCACAUUGAGAUUCAAUUCUGGCUUUUCAAAAUUUUCAUACCAAAUGUUAUAUAUUAUAAUUUCGAAAAUAUCUUCAUAUUAAGGUGAUCACUAUAUGAUAGUGCAUAGUUUUUUUGGAUAGUCAUUUGCUGAAUUAAAUUCUAGGAAUUUUUCACCAAUUGAUAUGAUAUUAUUAGGUGUAAUAUUAAGAUGGGAUCAUACUUUUUAAAUGUUAGUUGUUUUUAUAUGAGUAUUUGUGGAUUAUAACAGUAAUUUUUUUUGUCAAUCAUAUGUGUUAAAAACUGAAGUGUGGUAGUUUUAUCAAAAACCAUAUAUAAUAAUAAUGUUGCAGUACUCCAUAUUCUCGUGUGGAGUUGAAUAUCCGUUAUAAGGGCGUUGAGUAAAACUAUCAUACAAGGCGCACAAUAAUUCAAUUACAACAAAUAAAAAAUAAGUGCAAUUUCAUAAUUAGAUGCAAAGAUAAGAAAUAUGUAAAUUUGACAUGUAGAUAUUAUACAUUAUAAGCUAUUUCCCAAAAAUCUAUUUCUAAAUUAAAUUGUGCAUUAAAAUUAGAAUUUCUGAUAUGAUAAAUUUUAUAUAAUAAAUAUUUCACUUAGGAGAUGAAUUUUCAAUAAAUAAUUAAAUAACAUUUUAAUAAUGCAAAACAACAUCAAAUUCAAUUAUCUUACUUAUACCCCAUGUUCGAAGUGCUUUACUUUACCAGAAUUAAACAACUUUUAGGUUUUCUUAUGAAUCUGUAAUUAAUUUGAUACCUUAUAUCGGAUAGUAUGAGACAUUUUGCUUACAAAAAAAUAUUCAUUUACUCCAAAAUAUUUUUGGAAAAUUUCCAAUUUUUGUUUUUUGCAGUUUAUGAUCUAAAUUAUAUUGAAAAAAAAAUAAAAAACUUCUUUAUGCACAUGUUUUCAAACCAAACCAAACAGGUUGGGUCAUGCGUGUUAUUAUAGUAGUCAACACAAUGACUAAAAAUGACAAUGAUCCCCAUUCAAUCCCAUUUUGUAUUAGAAUGUUACGCCAUAUUUAAAUUGAUUAUUAUUUUUAUUAUGAAAUUUUAUUUUAUAUAAUGAGUAAGAUAAUGUUGAAAUAUUACAAAAGCUUACUUAUUUUUUGGCUAUCACUAGUACUUUUGUACUUUUAUGUUACCAUUGAUCGAUUUAUACUUACUAUGGUUGUAAUGUAUCAUGACUUAGACCUUACACACGUUUUCGGUCAUAGAAAUAAAAUUCUAACGUUAUUUAGAAAAUUAUAGCGUUUAAAUAUUUACUCAAUUAUUAAAUGCUUGAAAAUCUUUAGAAAAAAUACACAUGAUGUUAAGCAGCAUAUUGUAUAUUUUUAUAAAUAUUGUAAAUACGCAAAAACUUGUAACAUUCCUUAAUAUGACGAGAUUCUCUUAUGAAUCCAUGUCGUUAUCACUUACCACAAAUGUUAAUUGUUUUAUUAUUAUUUUUCAGAACUAAUCUUUCGAUUUAAAAUAGGAACAAAUGUGGAAAAAAAACCUAAAGUAUAUUCAAAUUAUUGUUUCAUAUUUUUAAAAAUGUUUUCAAUAAUAUAGUAAACAUAUAACAUAACAGUUCAUUUUUUAAUAUAUAGUUUUCAAACUUUGUUGGAUAUAUCCACAUAAUAUUUUUUGCUAUGCAAACAAAAUUAUACGCUAAUUAGAGUGUAUUGAAAAGUUUUCUUCAUAAUAUUUUCUAGAAAAAGGCUUUCCAAUAGACAAACUUUUAACGCUCAAUGCGAAGAUUCAGUUCUUAUUAAUAAAUAAUCUUUCCUAUUUUUUCUCACGAUUGAGCAAUAAUAAUGAUUAAUAUUAUAAUGUAGUUUCCAAUAUACAAUCCCAUUGAUUUAGAAAUAAAACAGUAUAAUUUUUUAUCCCGAUUUGAAGAUUUGACGGUUUUAAUGCUUUGAUUUUUUAAAUCCUUCGUCCGCUUAUAUUCAAGCAUGUGAAAACGUGCAACAUUCAUCAUAUAUUAAUAUUUUCAGACAGUUAGCAACCUAUUGUACAAAACGUAAUAGCUAUGAUCAAAUUAAAAAUAUUUUUAUGGAAGUCAGGGUAGCAGUUCCACGUUUGUUCUGAAUUGUUUAGGUCUAAUAUAUAACGAUUAUUAUGUAGAUUUUCAACAACUACGUAAUAAAUGUUGUAAAGAUUAGUAUUUUCUGUCAAUUGAAAUCUGUGAUGUCAUAUAAAUGAAUUACCAACAUAAA